UAGGAUAUAAGUUUUCCAAUGUACAAGCCCCCACCCGCCUACCCCCCUUCCAAGAGGUUCAGCCAACGGUCCAGCUUCCAUAUGCUCGCACGUCCAGGGGGUACAAAGGUAUCAAAUAUUAUCAGAGUUGAGCACAACCCCAGCCUAGGGCCCUCUUUCCCUCCUUCAAAAACUGCGUCACAAGCCCUCUGCGAACCUUCACAGGGCACCUCGUUCCACCCGGAAUCCCCCUCCACCACAAGGGGAACGACCUCGGCCCCAAUUGGCUAUCACCCUGGGCAACCAAGGACGCGGUGGGCACGCGGCGGCUCCGGCCGGUAUUUAAAGGCUGCCUCUGCCCUCGGCCCCUCAGUCCCACCAGGACUGCGACGGUGAAGCACCUGGGUUGGGAGUGAGCUGCAAGGUAACGCGCAACCCUUGCCUCCCCGGUUCCCAGCCCGCGCCUCUGCCGAGGCGGGUGUGUGUGGGACCCGGGAGCGGGUCUCGCUGUGCGUCGCCCACCAACACCUUCCUCCCCCACCAUCCUUACCCAGCCCCAGUCCCGCCCAACCCACCUGGGCAAGACAACUCGGGUGCGAAGAGAUUACGAAGGAAGAGCGAUCAAGCAAGCGGAGAAGAGGGAGAAGAGGAGUCCUCUUGGAGAGAAAGGCGUGAUCCCGGGAGCAGGCACGUGGUGCUGAGCGGACUAACGAGGCUCUUCAGCUCUUCGGAUCUGGCCAAACUUGACCGCUACCCGGACGCUUCCAUUUAGACCUCCCGGAGCUCCCUGAACGAUGACCCAGACUCUCCACAAAAGGGAGGACCCUCUGAACCUGGGCGGCGGCUGGGCAUCCUCGGCCCCGUUAGGCACCUGGUCUUCCUGGCACCGAAGGCGCAGGGGCGCUCCAAUAAACAAGCGGCGCUACCGCUCUGGUCCCAAGUCUGAGUAUGAGCCCCCCAGGAAGCAACAGCACGGUCCGGGCCCCUGGUUCCAACCACCCCGACGGCCCCACUGGGAGGUGUACUCUAACUGGGGGCGCUGGGGAGGGCCCUGGCGCCCACCUCCAGAGGGAUGCUGGAGGCCUCCAGGCCGAGUGCAAGUGAUCCGGGUGUACGGGCUGCAGCCGCUCUGCCUCUGCUGCUGCUCCUGCUGGCGCAGGCCCUGGAGCCCGCGCUGGGCCAGGCCCCCGGGCAGGAAGAAGCGCUGGGGCCGCAGGGGCCGCGGCCUGCGCCGCCACCCUCGCCGCUCCUUCCCCAGGAGCCCGCCCGUGGAUCUGAGCACGCUGCUCCGGCCGGUCAACCUGUACGGGUGGCGGGCACCCGGCAUGCGGGCGCCGCGGAACACCACCCAGUUCAUCAUGAAUCAGAUCUACGAGGACAUGCGGCAGCAGGAGAAGCUGGAGCGCCAGCAGGAGGCGCUGCGGGGGCAGCAGGCCCAGGCGCGCGGCCCGGCCUCCCCCGAGGGCCCCUCCUGGAACGACGCGCCCCCCAGCGGCGGCGAAGAAGCCGCGGAGCUGCGGGAAACUUUGUACAGCUUUGCGCAGAACCCGCCUCUGGUCUUCCCUCCGGACCAGUCUCCGACAGCACGGCUGGGGGAGGAGGAGGAGGACGACGAGGAGAAAAAUGAGGAGUAUGAUGAGGAGGAGUGUGACGGGAAGGAAGAGGAGAGCGAGGAGGAGGAGGAGGAGGAGGAGGAGGAGGCAGAGGCCGAAGACGAAGAGGAGGUCCAAGAGGCGGACUGUGUGGAUGAGGGGGAGGAGGAAGAGGAAGAGGAGGAGGAGGAAGAAGAGGAGGAGGAAGAGGCGGAAGAGGAAGAAGACGAGGAAAUAGAAGAGGAGGAGGAAGGGGUGGAAGGGGAGGAGCAGAGGGAGGAAGAGAAUCACUUACCUCUGGAAAUGCCUUUAUCGUUCCUAGUGGGCGCUGAGGAAGAGAGAGAGAACUUUAUAAACUGUACUUAUUUAAGCCCCACGCAGGUAAUUCCCAAAAUGCCGCAGGAAGCUCUCUUCAUGUUAGACGACAUUAACUGUUAGACAUCAGGAAAGGGAUUGAGAAUGAGACGGAACUGAUUUGAGGCUAAACUGCAUUAGUAACUUAUUAAAACCUAAUUUAAAAAGUGGGUUCCAUUAAUAAACAUAUCUAUGUAAAGCCCUCCUUUGACCAUUAUAAAACAUUUAAAAAUU